UGAACAUUCUUUUUUUCGUGCACCCUCCUUUUUAUUACUAGUGAAUUCAAUAAAAGAUAUAUUUUUUUCACCAUUCAUUAUUGUAAUUCUUAUUUGUUCGAUAUACAUACAAAAAUGGGCAUUCUUCAAAAGGACAAACGCGGUACGAAGGGAACAAAAUCCCCGAUCCCGGUGCCCAGCAGCUGGCUCGAUCGGAUCAACCAAGCGGGCUUCCUCGAUACCACGGCGACGAGCAACAGCAAGGAGAAGAUCUUGACGCACAAGCUGUACGACCAGAUGCUCGGUCUUGCGACCGCCGCCUCCAACGACAAAAUCAACAACACAGUGACGUGGCUGGAGCAGAGCAAGCUCUUAAAGAGCGUCGAACAGACGCUGGCCAAGCUCACCCAACAGCCUGCGCUAUCUGCAGAGACACUAGGGCUUCUGCGCACAGCGGCGGUGCCCAUGUUUGUAGAGUGUUUCUUCUUGCCCAACGACGUGGUUGUGCGGCGCCAGAGCAUCCAGACCAUCAAGUCGCUGAGCCUGCUGGACAAGGCGGCAGUGGACGCGGCACUGCAGGCCAACAUGCUUGCGUUCUUGGGCACGCAGGGGUACCACCGCGAGGUGCAGGCUUUAGAGAUGGUCAGCCGCGAGGUUUCGACCGACAUCUAUGCGUGGCAGACUGUGGGGCAGCGCGCGCAGGCCAUUGAGUUGCUCGCCAGCAUUCCGGAGGGCCUCUCUGUUGUCAGGCAGUUUGUCACCGAUGUGCUAGUGUUUUCCGCCAACGCGCUGGAUGCCGGCAUGCCUCUGCUGCACAACCCGAAGCAGGGCGUUGGGUCGGUCGAGAUCGUGGCGCUGCGCGAUGACUGCACACAGGUUGUGCGGCUUGUCUUCCUGUGCCUGUCCAAGCUCGCCGCCAACAGCCGGGGCCUGCAGGCGGCGAUUGUCGAGUCGAUGCACGAGCCGCUGCCCGGAUACGUGGAGAAGACGCUGGGCCGUGUGUAUCGGCUGUGCUGGGACAUCAUUGGCUGCGACGGUGCGGCGCUGAACUCGCGCCAGGUUGCAGCCAUGGUGCUGGUGCAUCUGAUCGAGGGCUCGGGGCUGCCGCCUGCUGAUCGCGCCGCAGCACUGGCUUGCCGGGCACUGGACAUUAACGUUGUCGCCAGCAGCGGCAGCGGCAGCGGCAGCCAGGGCGCCGGCUACCUGCCAGAGGUUGAGGAUUCGGCGGGCAGGCAGCGAUGCAUGGACGACGCAGUGGCGAUGGUCUGCGUUGCACGGGCGAUCGUGUCGCUGGCACCUUACGAGACGACGCUGGCGGCACUGGACAUUAUGCCGUCGCCCAAGAGCCCUGGCGCGAGCAGCAACGUGCACGAGGCGGUGUUCACACACAUUGCGUCGGUGUGUGGCCGCUCGCAGCUGGCGCCCGGCGUCAAGGUCGUCGUGUUCGAGUCGAUGGCGACGUGGCUACAGGAGACAGCGCGGCUGCUCGCCCGGUGCCUCGGAGAUGGCAGUGAGCUCGCGCACACGGCGUUUGGCCUGGGCCAGCGAGUGCUGGUGCUGCAGCGGGAGCGUAUUAUGGGCUACUUGUGGAGCUACUGGGACGACCCGUUGGAUGCCGUUCAGAUCAAGGUCAAGGCCAUCUUUGAGGCGUUCUUGGACAUUGGCUCGGCGAUGAACCGCGCAAUCGCAGCCGAGCCUGGCGAGCAGCAGGGCGGCGAGUUUUUGGGUGAUGUGCUGGACCUAGUGCUGACGAUGGACUGGAGCCGCAGGGUCAAAUACUCGCUGCUGGCCACGCUGUGCACGCGCAUCGACCUCCUCGACCUGUUCUGCCGGCAGCCGGAUAUCCUUGACAGCUGCCUGGAGACGCUCGCGCAGGUGUCCAUGGCGCCACGCGCGGCCACCCUGCUUGGGGCGAUGCUGGACCGCUCGGCCAGCGACAUCAAGGGCGCCAGCGGCGCCGACGCCGCCCAGCUGGAGGACACGUAUAUCGCGCUGUGGGCUGCGCCCAUUGUUGACGCGCUGUGCAAGGACGACGACACCAGCCGCCGCAUGCUGGCGCAGUACCUCAUCCCGAACCUCCUCGCGGCCAUGCCACGCAUCAUCACGCCUCUCUUGCGCGCGCUGCCCGCGUACCGCCGGCCCUCAACGAGCCUAGCCGAGGGCGGCGGCGCCGCGGCGCAGAGCCGCGUGCUUUUAGCCGCGCAGCAGCACUCGGACGACGCCAGUCGCCAGCACGCGCUGAUCAUUGUGCUGAAGGCUGCGCGCGCCCAGGACCUCCUGACGAUUGACGAGGUCGCGGCGAUGGACAGCACACUGCUCGAGAUGCUCGGCCGCGCCGUGCACCACCCCGACUUCGCCGUGCGCGCCGACAUGCUGGGGCUGCUGUGCGAGGCGCGCAAGCUGUCGACGCCGCUGCACGAGAUCGAGUACGACCUGCUGUUCAAGCUGCUGCGCGUCUCGGCCAACGCGCCGUCGGCUGAUUUCCGCCAGCAGCAGCACGGCGCGCUGACGGCGCUGGCCUCGAGGCUGGUCACUGUGGCCACGCACGCCGAGCGCAUCGUUGCCACAGGCCGCCCGCCAGUGCCGUCGCAGAAGGUCAGGCACCGCGAGAAGGCCAAGCGCGAGGCCGCCAUGGCGCAGGGACUGCGCGAGGGCAAGACCGAGGCCGAGGUGCUGAGGGAACUGGGCGUUCUGCCGCGGGACGAGAUGGUUGCGCAGUCGCGUGUCGUGCUGGCGCGUGUCGAGCGCGCCGUCAACGAUUGGAUGGACCUGGCCGUGCGCGGCUGCCUGUACCCGGGCGCCGGCUUCUCCAAGGUGGCGAUGGGCCUGCGCUGGCUGGACAUCCUGGUUGGCUUCUUUACACCAGGCCGCCCGGCACAGGCGCCUGAAAGCCCCGAGGUGCCGUUCCGCGUGGCGGGACUGGCCGCACCCGAUUUUGCCGCCAUUCUGACGUCCUCUGCGGUCUGCAGUGGCACUGUGAGCGCCGAGGAGGUCGUCGCUCUGCUGACGCAGGUGCUGGUCGACGACGCGUUUGACGUCAACCGUGCGUCCGCCUUUGCGCUGCUGAUGGCCUGGCCGCUCGGCGCCGACGACAGUGACAGGGCGGCGCAGAGGUGGGCCGAGGGCCUGCUGCAGCGCGCGCUAAGGCUGGUCGGCAGCACACGCGCCGGCGAGAGCGAGAGCGGUGCGCUGCUCGUGCGCUGGGUGUUCUGCAAGUUUGUUGUUCUGCAGGGCAUGCGCCUCGAGAUCCCCGGCGCUAGCCGAGGCGAGAGCAUGGCUGAUGGCCCGGCUGACCUGGCAUUUGCCACGGCGCUGCUGGACCUGAUCCGCCAGGGCCAGGCCGCCGCCGCCUGCAACCUGCUUGACGCCGCGCAGCGCUUCCCCCUGCACGGCCUGCUGACGGCCGCGCAGUACGUUGCCGGUGAGAUCGAUUACCGCGCGCCGUCAGUGCAGCGGCACGCGGCGCAGUGGCGCCAGUGGCUGAGCGACCUGUCCAAGACUGCCAUUGAUGUGUGCAACGUUGUGCUGAGCGUGCUUACCAGCGCGUCGCCCGAGGGCAAUGUGCCGGCGUCGUUCCGUGAGAUGGAGGACAAGAUCGACGCAAUCAUCAAGUCGUCGGAUGCGACAGACGAUCCUAAACCCGAGCUGCUCAGCGGUGAUGUCGAGCUCGACGGGCCUGUAGGCCCGCGCCAGCAGGUCAUUUUGUCCUACUGCUGGCGUGCUGUCAAGGAGGUGUCGGGCCUGCUUUCGGUCAUUGCCACUGCACCCCCGGGCACUGACGAGACGGCCUCCAAGACCAACGCCGAUGAUGCCGAGCCUCUGGUCAGCGAGUCGACAGUCGACGAGAUCGGCGGCCUGCUGCGCACGCUGCUGACGUCCAUCCGCCACCGCGGCGCCUUCUCUGCCGUGCACCCAGCGUUCACCACCGUGUGCGCGCGCAUGUUCAAGUCACCCAGCGCCGCUCUCAAUCACCGGGUGGCCGCCUGGCUCGAGCAGUGCCUGGACAUUGCAACCAUCUGCCAGGUGUCCGUGACGCGCCGCAGCGCUGGCUGGCCGUUGUGCCUAUUGUCGAUUCUCACGUGCGACAAGAAUGCCACGCAGGCACUGCUGCCGCGCGCCAUCGAUCGCAUCUUUGUUCUGGCCGCCGACCUGCAGAUCGAGUCUGAUGGGCCGAGCCAGGACACCACUACCGCCGCUGACAGCACCACUGAUCUGCCGCAGGUGCAUGCCAUCAACAUGCUGCGGGUGCUUCUGGACGACCACACGCUGGCCGCCGACAUUGUGCCGUACGUCGAGCACGCCUACGUGUUGGCACUGACUGGGCUGCGCUCGCGCCGGUGGGCCAUCCGCAACGUGUGCAGCCUUCUGUACGCUGCGCUGACGCGCCGUGUGUUUGGAAACAACGCGUCUCGCGAGGAGUCGCGGUACGAUGGCAUUACUGGUCGCGAGCUUUUCACGCGCUUCCCGGGCCUGCACCCUUUCCUCACAAACCAACUUGAGGACAGCGUUGACCGCUUGGCCGAAAUCGCCAUGUGCGACGAAUCUCUGGCAGCCGCCAAGCUUGACUCUGACACUUGCUCGCCCAUGUCGAGGCAGACAGGCUCUGGCGAUGCUGAUGCUGUGACCACUGUGCUGCGCAGCGGCGCGCGCUUUAUCCACCCGGCGCUGUACCCGUGCCUGAUUCUGCUCGCCCGCCUGCAGCCGUCGCCCAUGGACACAAUGUCUCAGCAGCAGCCGACCUCUUCUGGUGCACCGGCUGCAUCAGGCACGCGCUCGCGCGUGCACUCGAUCGCAGCCGAGUCUGCCGGCGUUAUCGCCAUCUCGCCGCACACCGAAUCAGCGACCAGCGCCGUUGCACCACCGAUGAACCUGGAGGAAGAGCCGCUGACCAAGCUCAACGAGCGCAACUCAACUGUGCAUGUAACGUCGGCCUCGACCAUGCUCAGCAUGUACUCGUUCACUGAACUGGUUGAGCUGUGCGUUGACAGCCCCGUCUACAAGACCCGCGAGAUGGCGUCGCGCGCCUUUGCACCCCUGAUCCCCAGCGAGCGCGCGCCCUCCGUCGUCGUGUCGCUGCUGCGCGGCCUGCGUGAGUCUGGCGACACCAUCACAGCGAACAGCUUCCACGGCACGCUGUGCCAAGUGCACGAGCUCCUGCGCGUGCAUUGGCGACUGGGCGGCAGCAGCGGCUCGGAGAGCCUGUGUCGCAGCUUUGUUGCGCAUGUAUUCCCUGCGCUGUCCGCCCUGUGGCCGACCAUUGUGCACCCCCUGGCAGGCAGAAGCGGUGACGGCAGCAGCAGCAGCAGCAGUGGCAACAGCUUGGACCGCAAGCCGGAUGGCUCCAGCGAUGCUGGGGCAGCGCCUGCAUUAUACCAACUGCCGGACAUCGUGCGGCACAAGUACCUGACCAUUAUCAACGAGUACGUGGCUCGUGGCGAGCAGUGGAUCCUACAGGGCAUCAGCGACGUCAAGUUCAUCAAGACCACCCGCCUGCUGCUGUCGCGCUUCCGCAUUUCGGUGCUGUACGGCUCGCUGCACCCCCUCUUCUCGAGCGCCGAGCUGCUGAGCCUGCAGCUGGGCGACCAGCAGACGCCUAGUGCUUACGGCACGGUGCUCGAGCUGGCGCGCCUUUUCCUUGCUUGUGUUGACGACGGCACGACGGCCGUUAUGCGCCAGGACGGCAGCGUGCAGCUGGAGAUUGAGGGUGAGCUUGUUGACGAGCAUGGCACCAUGAUGCCUCCGGGCGGAAAUGAGGUCCUUUACAACCCAGGCCCGGCGAUCCGCAACAUCCUCGAGUGCAACGCCUUCUACGAGUGCAAGCUGCUGGUCCUCGGGUGGCUGACUGAGCACGUGCGGUGCGAGUGCAUGGAUGUAUUCAGCCGCAUCGGCAUUGACCAUCUGCUGCCCUGCCUUGUUGUCGACACUGCCGCGCAAACGGACAGCGAGGGACGUAUUCCCUCUACCGAUCCUCUGGUGCGCGCGGCGGCUACGCGGCUACUGGCACUGCUGUGCACCAAGCUAGACAUUGAUCCGCAGACGUUCCCGGUGCCCGACCUUCAGGCCUACUGGGACGCCCUGGUUGCGCAGAUGGCUGCCCGCCACUGCCCGCUGUCUGUCUCCAUGGCCAUCGUCAAGCUGCAGGCCGCGCUGCUUCAUAUGCUGCGGAACAGCGUAGGCCACACAGUGACGACCAUCACCGCGGAAAGCGUGAGCCAGCGGUCGCUUGCGUGGGCCCAGCACAUGUAUCUUUGGACCGACCCCGAGCGUGCCUCCCCUUACCGCCAGGCGGUGAGCCGGGCGCUGGUCACAUACAGCACGAUCAAGCGGUACAAUGAGGCCGGGCCACAGUCGGUGGCCACUCUGCCGGAGACAGCAGCUGUCGUUGUACAGGAACAUGACGAGGCGACCGAGGAGAUUCUGCGCCUGUGCUACUGGCGCCUGCUGCAAGACGACGAUGAGGACGUGCGUGACUUUAUGGCUGACAGCAUCUCGCGCCGUCUGGGCCGUGAGCUGGCGUGCGAUCAGGCAUGCGAGCGGCUGGUCGCCGAUUUCGCACCCCCGUCUGAUGGCCAUUUCCCGGCGACCUACGUGAGCAACCGGCUGGCAUACCUCCUGUCGCUUCCUGUAGGCCAGAUCGUCAUUGCUGCGGCCAGUGAGGCUGUGGGCCGGGCCAUCAGCCCCAACCGUGUGCUGUUCGACCAUGAGAACCCUAACAUCUACAUUGACGAGCCACGCAACAUGCAGCUGGCGUACUUCUCGCUGGUGCAGAUAUCUGCGAUCUUUGAGCACUCGCCCGAGGCGCAGGCUCUUCUAGUUUCUGGCGCUAUGUCGUGCGUCGAGGCCCUGGAUUGCGCGCGCCGCGUGCUUCUGGAGCAGAACCAAGGAUGCGGCGGCAUUCUGGGCGCAACCUCGCUGUCAGAUCUAUUUGCCCUGCUGCAGUCGUGGGUGCUGGGCGCGCGUCUGGCGUUGUUUGUCGGGUCGAGGCUAGCUGAUCGCGAGCGCUGGGCUGAAAUUAAAGUGAAGGUCUGCGGCGUGGUUGCCGCGUGGCUCGCAGCGGAGGAACUGCAGCCGGUGCAUCCGUGGAUCCUGCGCGCGCUCAGCUCUGUGCUGGAGAUGAGCCGCACUGUGGAUUCAGAUGUUGAGCUGGUUUCAAAGCAGGCGGCGACUGCUGAUCUGUUCCUUUUGACCUCGGUCUGAUGAUUUUUUGCUUUUUGUUUAUUGGAUGCUUUCAAGUAAAAAAAUAUAUAGCAUUGGUUUCUUCGGUUA